AAUAAAGGUGUUUCCGCGAGCCCGCCUAAUUUAAAGGCGGGACUUCCGGUGUCCUCCACUAGUGGCCAUUUUGAUUGGUGUUGGGUGUAUUUUCCGGUGAGAGACCUCGGAGCGCUGGAUCGGGCAGAAGUGACUGAACCCAGAAGGUGGAGAGGAGACGUUAUCUCGGCGGCACAACGGCUGCUCUGCGGUUCCUUAAAGGCGCUAGGCGUGACCCGCGCCAACGUCGGGAUCUGGACCACAGUCCCCGGGUACCUGCCCUGCUCGCCACCUCCUCCCGAACCCGCUUUCCCCACCCAGUCUGAUGGCGGCGGCCGAGCUGAGGCUCUCGGCUCAGGGCACUGUGACCUUUGAAGAUGUGGCUGUGAAGUUUUCCCAGGAGGAAUGGAGUCUCCUUAGUGAGGCUCAGAGAUGCCUUUAUCAUGACGUGAUGCUGGAGAACCUGACACUUAUAUCUUCUCUAGGUUGUUGGUAUGGAGCAAAAGACGAGACACCUUCUAAGCAGACCCUUUCUAUACAACAGCAGUCUCCCCUCAGGUCACAUUGGACAGGAGUAUGUACAAAGAAGGCCCACCCCUGGGGAGUAUGUGGCCCUCUCCUGGGAGAUAUCUUACACCAGAGAACACAACACAAUCAGAAAUUGAAUAGUUUUGGGGCAUGUGAAAAAAAAUUAGAUGACAGUGCAAACCAUUAUCAAGAUCAGAAGCAGCACUUUGGAGAGAAAUCAUACAGAAGCAAUGCCAAGGAAACAUCAUUUGUAAAGAACUGUAAAUUCCAUGUGUUACAAGAGCCAUUUAUCUUUCAUGAAGUUGGGAAAGACUUUUUGUCUAGCUUGAGAUUAUUCCAACAAGAGGACAUUCACACUUCAGGGAAGUCAAAUAUUGAAACUAAACAUGGGACACCCUUUCAGGGUGGAAAAACUCAUUACAUCUGUGGAGAGUCCACAGUACCCUUCAGCAACAAACACUCACUUGCUCUUCACCAGACACUUCUCCCUAGAGAAGGACCUUAUGUGUGCAGUGAUUCUGGGAAAUUUGUUAGCAAAAGUAAUAGUUUCAAUAAUCAUCAGGGAGUUCACACUGGAAAAAAACCUUAUCAGUGUGGACAGUGUGAUGAAUCAUUUUGGUAUAAGGCCCACCUCACUGAACACCAGAGAGUUCACACUGGAGAAAGACCUUAUGAGUGUAGAGAAUGUGAUAAAUCUUUUAGUCAUAAGCACAGUCUUGUUGACCAUCAGCGAGUUCACACUGGAGAAAGACCUUAUGAAUGUGAUGAAUGUGGGAAAUCUUUUAGCCAUAAGCGCAGCCUUGUUCACCACCAGCGAGUUCACACUGGAGAAAAACCUUAUCAGUGUGGAGAAUGUGGAAAAUCGUUUAAUCACAAGUGCAACCUCAUUCAACAUCAGCGAGUUCAUACUGGAGAAAGGCCUUAUGAGUGUAUGGCAUGUGGGAAAUUAUUUAGGAGCAACUCCCACCUAAAGGAACAUCAGAGAGUUCACACUGGAGAAAGACCCUAUGAGUGUAAAGAAUGUAGGAAGUCAUUUAGGUACAAGUCACACCUCACCGAACACCAGAGAGUUCACACUGGAGAAAGGCCAUAUGCAUGUAGAGAAUGUGGGAAAUGUUUUCAUCAAAAGGGCAGUCUCAUUCAGCAUCAGCAGAUUCACUCUGGAGAAAGGCCACAUGAAUGUGGAGAAUGUGGGAAAUGUUUUCAUCAAAAGGGCAGCCUCAUUCGACAUCAGCAGAUUCACUCAGGAGAAAGGCCACAUGAAUGUCGAGAAUGUGGGAAGUGUUUUCGUCAAAAGGGAAACCUCAUUAAACAUCAACGAGUUCACACAGGAGAAAGACAUCAUGAAUGUUGAAAAUUUGGCAAAUCUACUGGUAAAAAGGGCACCCUCAUUCAACGUCAGUGCAGUCACACUGGAAAGAGCUUAUGAGUGUGGAGAAUGUCCAAAAUCUAGUCAAAAAAUUGGCCUUAUUCAACAAUAGCAAGAUCACAAUGGAUAAACGCCUUGUGAGUAUAGAGAAUGUAUGAAAUCCAGUACAUAGAAGUUUUACCUCAGUAAAUAGCAAAGGAGUCACACUGGACAAAGACCUUAUAGUUAUGGGGAAUUUGGGAAAUUACUUAAGUACCCCCUCACUGAACACGGGAGUUCACAGUUGAGAAAGGCCAUAUGACUGUAAGGAAUUUGUGAAAUUAGCCAGAAGAGCUGCAUUACUUACUAUCCAUAGAACAUUCACAAUGGAGAAAGGCCAUAUAAAUGUCAGAAAUCAUUUUCCUACAGCUCUGCACACCAUGUUCAUAAGAGUUCACACUGGACAAAGCCUUAUGAGAGCUUCGAGUAGAAAAUCCUUUGUGGGAAAACUCUGGUCUCAUUAAACACAGGAGAGUUCAUACUAGAAAAAGGCUUAACAGUGUAGCAAAUGUGGAAAGACAUUUACCAGAAGCUCUGCCCUGUGAGUUGACAUUAGAGAAAGCCCUUCUCAGUGAAGUAAAUUUGGAAAAUUGUUUAGUCAAACCUGUAUGACUUCAGGAUCAGAGUUCACACUGCAUCAAGGGUUUAUGGUAUGACAAAUGUGGCACAUUCUUUAUCUAAAUGUCUAGCUUUAUUAUGCACAGACAAGCUCCUGCUGUGGAAGUGCCUUUUGAGUGCAAAGAGUUUGAUGAAGGCUUUACUCUUCUUUCAUUGGAUGCCAGAAUGUUGACAGAAGAAAAAUACAAUAGAUGUACAGGAAUAUUACUUCUUGUCCAGUGUAACUCUGGGAGAGAGCACUUAAUGAGGAUACCAUCAACCUGUACUGAAUGUCAUACGUCCAGUAGCUGCAUAAAUUCCAGGGACAUGAUGUCACUGGAACUCAGGCUGGAAUGCACUGGCAUGGUCAUACUUCACUGCGGCCUCAAACUCCUGGGCUCAAGUGAUCCUCCUGCCUCAGCCUCCCGAGUACCUGAGAUUAGCCCAGGUAAUUUAAGAAUUUUUUGUAGAGAUAGAGUUUUGCUAUUUUACACUGACUGAUGUUGAACUCCUGGCCUCAAGCAAUCCUCUAGCAUAUGUCCUCGAAAGCACUGCGCUUAUAGGUGUGAGCCACCAUGCCCGCCCACAAAUAAUUUUUAUAGAAUUAGUAUUUCUAGGUAAUCAAGCAGACUGUGACAGAAUAGUUGGAAUAUAGUUUUUUAAAAAAGGUAUCCACAGUGACUCAGUUGCUAUGUCUGUGAUGGACAAGCGGGUACAGAAAUUUUCACAACCUCUGUAAUUAGGAAUCUAGUGUAGCUUAGGCAAUUGUCAGUAAAUCUAAAGGUUUUGUGGAUUUCUAUAGCCUAUCUGGGCUGCUUACCAAAAACCCAUCCCUGAAUUAUUAGGAGGAAGAGGAUAGGGAGAGGGAAAUCUCUUAGUCUACUGAUAAGUCCUUUGCAACCAGCCAGCAUUCCAGUUUAAUCAGGUGGAAAUGGUCUUCCUGGUUCAUAAGUAUUUGUUGUCACACAGUUUAGUUGCCCCUCUUAGAGUGUGAUGAGAGUUAGUAGAGUCAGUGUAGAAUUGCAUAACCUAUUUGUCAAAAAUACUGUUAAAUCCAGAAAGGUCUUUGAAAUUAAAUUUUUAAAACUGUAAUAAGACUGGGCAUAGUGACUCAUGCCUGUUAUCCCAACACUUUAGGAGUCCAAGGUGGGAGUAUUGCUUGAGGUAAGGAGUUUGAGACUAGCCUGGGUCCCGUAGUUAGACCCUGUUUCUUAAAAACAAAAAAAUACUGUCUUUUUGGCCUCACCAUCCUCCAAACAAUCACUGAAUUAUAAUAUUUGCUUAACAAUAGAUUAGUGUCAAUUUUCUGGAAUUUUAUAUGACUAACAUGUUUCAUCUUGUCAUACCUGAGUACUCUCCUGAGUCCUAUUUAUUUUGAUGUUCUUUUUUAUUUUUUUUAUUAUUUCGCAUAGCAGGAAUAUAUAUUUUGACAUUCAUCAAUCAUGAUAUAAGUAGUUCAUUCUUUUUAUCUUAGAAUAUGACAUGCUAUAAAAAAUCACUGUAUAUACGGCUUAUGGAUAUAUUAUUUCUUCAUGUUUUUGUCUGUUAGAAAUAAAACUGCUUGUUACACACAUUUGAAUGCA